UUCUACUUCUGGUUUAUACAUAUAAAUAAACAUGUUGUGAAGUCCCAAACUAGUUUGGAAGUUGACUCAGACAAGAUGCGUGCGUUAAGUCUCUUCACUUUUGUUUUCUGCUUCAUGCUGGUAAACUCCAUUAAAAAUUACUACAUUUUUAAAAUAAACAAGCUCAACUGGCAUGCAGCAUUUCAAGAUUGUUUAACACGCAAUCUACAACUGGCUACGAUCACAUGUAGUGAAGAACAAACUGCCAUUGACGACGUAAUUAAUAAAACUGGCGUUACAAAUGAAUGGUUGUGGACUUCGGGCACGGAUCAAGGUGAAGAAGGAAACUUUUUUUGGAUGAGUACAGGUAAACCGAUUACCUUUUCAAAAUGGAGCCAUCCACAACCAGACAAUGCGGGAGGAAGAGAAAACUGUAUAAACCUAUGGAAUACUGAUGGUGUGUUUACAUGGAACGACUGGGGAUGCGAUAAUAAACUGUAUUACAUCUGUGAAGAUACACCAGAAACAAAUUGUGGUUUCAAUCUCGAUGUUAGAAUGGCGGAUGUAUGAAUUAAAUUUAAGUAACUGAACUAAUAGAACUACCAAGAAAAUAAUUAAAUGUUUAAAAGUUA